GGCAGGGAGCACAGGGAGCAGCCAUGGCGGGGCUGUGGGACACGGUGCUGCGCGGCGAGGCGGCCGUGCGCCGGGCAGCCCUGGCGGCGGUGGACGCGGCGCUGCUGGAAGGCGUGCUGAUGCGCACCGAGGCUGAGCCCAACGCCUCCGACGUGGUGAGCUACGCGCCCUUCACGCUGCUGCCCUCGGCCGUGCCCAGCGCCCUGUUCCAGCAAGCGUACGCCGUGCAGCAGGACUUCAACCUGCUGGUGGACGCCAUCAGCCAGGACGGGGAGUUCCUGGAGCGCACUCUGGCCAGCACUGUCAAGGUCGAUGACUUCACGGCCCGGCUCUUCAGGAUCCACCUGCAGGUUCUAGAGGAAGGACUGGCGCAGUCCGUGUUUUUAGGCAUAAACCGCUCCGAUUACAUGUUCGACUGCGGGGCGCCCGGGGCGCCGGCGCUGAAGCAGAUCGAGAUAAACACCAUCGCCGCCAGCUUCGGAGGCCUGGCCUCCCGCACCGCCGCCGUGCACGGGCGGGUGCUCAAGGAGCUGGGGAUGGCCGAGGAGGCGUCACGGCUGCUGCCCAACAACCCCUCCGAGGGGCUGGCCUCGGGCAUUGCCAAGGCCUGGGAGCUGUACGGCUCACGGAGUGCUGUGGUGAUGUUCCUGGUGGAGGAGGUCCAAAGGAAUAUCUUUGAUCAGAGAUGCGUGGAAAAUGAGCUUUGGAACAGGAACAUUCGGGUCAUCAGGAAGCGCUUCCGAGACGUGUUUGAGAAGGGCUCCCUGGACGAUGCCAGGAGGCUGUAUAUGGAUGGCCAGGAGGUAGCAGUGGUGUACUACAGAGAGGGCUACGUGCCGAAAAACUACGAUCAGCAGAACUGGGAGGCGCGGUUGCUGCUGGAGAGGUCGAGGGCAGUGAAGUGCCCCGACAUUGCCACCCAGCUGGCCGGCACCAAGAAGGUGCAGCAGGAGCUGAGCCGGCCGGGCACCCUGGAGAAACUGCUGCCCGGCCGCACCGAGGCCAUUGCUCGCAUCCGAGCCACGUUUGCCGGGCUCUACUCGCUGGAUGUGGGUGAGGAGGGCGACAAGAUAGCUGCUACAGCUAUCGCCAACCCUGACCAGUUUGUGCUGAAGCCGCAGCGGGAAGGCGGAGGGAACAACCUCUACGGCGAAGAGCUCAGGCAGGUUCUGGAGAAGAUCAAAGACAGCCCUGAGAGAACCUCCUACAUCCUGAUGGAUAAGAUCCAGCCACAGCCAACAAGGAAUUACUUGCUGAGGGCUCACAGUCCCCUAAAAGCAUCCGAGUGCAUCUCAGAGCUUGGUAUCUUUGGCGUUUAUGUCAGGCAUGGUAAGGAGCUGGUGAUGAACGAGGCGGCCGGCCACCUCCUGCGGACGAAGGCAGUGGAGCAUGCAGAUGGCGGGGUGGCGGCCGGGGUGGCUGUGCUGGACACCCCCUACCUGGUGUGAACGCCCCCCUGCACUGCCCCCAGGGCUGAGCUGCCGCUGAGCUGCUUUCCUCAGGGUACACUUACAGGGGGGGACGGGCUGGGGACGGGCAU